AUGUCCGCGACGAGAGUGAAUAGGCCAGGCCAUCUGGCCGCGCUUUUCCUGACCCGCCCGACACGAGGCACGUUCAAUAAUAGCAGUCACUCGACCCGGGGCACUCCGGCCAUUCAUCGAGUAACAUCCGGCUUCGCCUCAACUCAGCCAGGUGGCAGCUCGGCACAUAUUGCUUUCACGGCUAGUGUGGCCGAACACGACGCCAAUCACCCCCGCCAAUCAUCGGCGGCGGCAAUCAGGCAGAAUGCAAAUGUCGUGUUCUUCGAGCAUGUUACCGCGCGCAGGAUCAACAAACAAUUCACUCGCACAUGGUUGACGGACGACCUUUGA